AUGCCUCUUCACGAGCCUCUGGUCCCUCUGCAGGAUGUGGUAGAACGCGGGCGGAUGAACAUCGUCAAAGCAGAUCACCGUGUGCAGUUCUUCAAAGCGUCUCGGAAGGAGGCAUCCAAGAAGCAGGAGAAGGAGACUGCUGAGGACCCGUUGGAAAGCCAAGUCCUGGCGGCAACUCGCAUCGCGGCGCACUGGAAGCGAAAAGUCGACCGGCGGCGCUUUCUCAAGAUGCGGGAGGAAGAGUUUGAGUUCCUUGGCAUGGCACCCCCAAAGAAAGACAAGGGAGACACCGACGUCAUUGUCGAGAUGCAGAAGCACCGGGAGACAAGGAAGAAGAUGCAGGAGGACGCAGACGACGUCUUCGAGAAGGCACUGAAGGAGCAGCUUGAGUGGCUUCAGAAGAAGAAGGGCGCAGACAUCAAGGCCGAGUUGCUGGAAGAGCGACGGCAGUGGAUCCUGGACUACUGCCAAGAUCCGGAGCACCAGAAGGAGUUCCCUGAGAAGUUCGACGCUUUCUACCAGCGCUUUGACAAGGCUCAGGAUGACGACGAAGCGGAGAAGGGGAAGGAUGGCAAGAAGGGCAAGGAUGCCAAGAAGGACGACAAAGCCAAGGGAAAAGGCGGCAAGGGAGGAAAGAAAG